AUGAACUUAUUUGAAGUGGCUCAUUUCGUACCGGAGAAACCAAUGUAUGAACAAGGAUUAAUUUUACUUCCCCACCUAGCUACUCUAGGUUGGGGGGUAGGUCCUGGUGGAGAGGUUAUAGAUACCUUUCCAUACUUUGUAUCUGGAGUGCUUCACUUAAUUUCCUCCGCAGUAUUAGGCUUUGGCGGUAUUUAUCAUGCACUUCUGGGACCUGAGACCCUUGAAGAAUCUUUUCCAUUCUUUGGUUAUGUAUGGAAAGAUAGAAAUAAAAUGACAACAAUUUUGGGUAUUCACUUAAUCUUGUUAGGUCUAGGCGCUUUUCUGUUAGUAUUUAAGGCUCUUUAUUUUGGGGGCGUAUAUGAUACCUGGGCUCCGGGGGGUGUUGAGUUUGUUUCUCAUUGA